CUUGGCAAAGCGAGGUCCAGGGUAACGUGCUCUCGAACCAUGAUGAUGGGUGAGACCCAACGCCAGACAUCGAUAUCGACACCCACAUGCCAAAGCCCCCGGCAUACAAAGGGCUGACUAUACAAUACAUUAGUACAUUGUGCAAUACGCAGUACGUGCAUAGUACGUGUACACGAAGACGCACGCCAUGGCUUUGUGUGCGUGACUGACUGGCGACGUGCAUUGUCAACGCCAUGAUCCACAUAUGCACCGAUACGCCCGUCCAGCUUGUGAAGCGGAGGCCCGGGGGCCCGAACGCUCAGCGUCGCAUCUUCGCCACGGGCCGCAUGCUGCCUCGAUCACAAGCGGGUUCAACAACACGGCGCGGAGAAGACGGUGAGCACGGUGCCAUGCGCCGCUUGCGGCUUGCGGCGUUAUGCACUGGUUUCGCCAGCACGGGCCAGGCCAGACAGCCCCAGCACGACGAUGCAAGUCAAGGAGUUCGUGUCAGUCCUGUCGGCUGGCCCCAGAGCCUCUCACCCACACAAUCGACACGACGAUAACCUUGAUUAGGGGAUCAGGUAACUAAUCGGCAUGGACGGCGAGGCGCUGACUGCGGGCUCGCUAGGCCGUGGGUCCCGACCCCGGACUAUCGACGGGGAAGCGAAAUGAACUUGCAAGGGAAAAGGGGGGGUUUUCUGCGUCGUAGCAUGAAAAAAAAUCCCACGGCCUCAGGGUGUAGGCUGCCUUCAUAAUUAAAUGCAAUCUAAUGCGCAAUCUCGAAACCCUGCAUCACUGCGCAGUGGAGGGGAUUGGAUAAAAAUAAAAAUAAAAAACAAC